GGGGUGAAGGGGUGUCCCGGGGCACGGCCGAACCUCUGUCUGGACCGCCUGCGCCGCAGCCCGGGGAUCCGAUCGAGGGGGAAGGAAAGGGGAUCCGCGGGAGCAGUCCCGGCUCCCUCCCCUGGAGGCGCAGAGGGCGGGGCCCUUGGCGAAUGGCUUUCUUGCUGGCCACUUGCGGAGUGAGUAGACCCCGAGGGUCUGGGAGAGGGGCCGGCCCCCACCCCUGAGUCCCCGGAGUCCCUGCUUCCUGCCGGGGGCCAGGCCGUGGGCGCGAGUGUGGCGCCCUCCCCGCCUCCUUCCCACCGCCCUCUGGGGGUUUGGAUUCAGGAUUUGUUCCUAGUGUCCAAGACUUUGAUAAAAAACUUACAGAAGCUGAUGCUUACCUACAAAUCUUGAUAGAACAAUUAAAGCUUUUUGAUGACAAGCUCCAAAACUGCAAAGAAGAUGAACAGAGAAAGAAAAUUGAAACUCUCAAAGAGACAACAAAUAGCAUGGUAGAGUCAAUCAAACACUGCAUUGUGUUGCUGCAAAUUGCUAAAAGUACUAUUAAUCCAGUAGAUGCAAUAUAUCACCCUAGUCCUUUGGAACCUGUGAUCAGCACAAUGCCUUCCCAGACUGUCUUACCUCCAGAACCUGCUCAGUUGUGCAAGUCAGAGCAGCGUCCAUCUUCACUGCCAGUUGGACCUGUAUUGGCUACCUUGGGACAUCAUCAGACUCCAACACCAAAUAGUACAGGCAGUGGCCAUUCACCACCUAGUAGCAGUCUUACUUCUCCAAGCCAUGUCAACUUGUCUCCAAAUACAGUCCCAGAGUUCUCCUAUUCUAGCAGUGAAGAUGAAUUCUAUGACGCGGAUGAAUUCCAUCAAAGUGGCUCCUCUCCAAAGCGCUUAAUAGAUUCUUCUGGGUCUGCCUCAGUGUUGACACACAGCAGCUCGGGAAACAGUCUGAAGCGGCCAGAUACCACAGAAUCUCUGAAUUCAUCCAUGUCCAAUGGAACAAGUGAUGCUGACCUUUUCGACUCACAUGAUGAUAGAGAUGAUGAUGGGGAGGCAGGGUCGGUGGAGGAGCACAAGAGUGUCAUCAUGCACCUCCUGUCGCAGGUCAGGCUAGGGAUGGAUCUCACCAAGGUAGUUCUUCCAACAUUUAUUCUUGAAAGAAGAUCUCUUUUAGAAAUGUACGCAGACUUUUUUGCACAUCCGGACCUGUUUGUGAGCAUUAGUGACCAGAAGGAUCCCAAGGAUCGAAUGGUUCAGGUUGUGAAAUGGUACCUCUCAGCCUUUCAUGCAGGAAGGAAAGGAUCAGUUGCCAAAAAGCCAUACAACCCCAUUUUGGGCGAGAUUUUUCAGUGUCAUUGGACAUUACCAAAUGAUACUGAAGAAAACACAGAGCUAGUUUCAGAAGGACCAGUUCCCUGGGUUUCCAAAAACAGUGUCACAUUCGUGGCUGAGCAGGUUUCCCAUCAUCCACCCAUUUCAGCCUUUUAUGCUGAGUGUUAUAACAAGAAGAUCCAAUUCAAUGCUCAUAUCUGGACCAAAUCAAAAUUCCUUGGGAUGUCAAUCGGGGUGCACAACAUAGGACAGGGCUGCGUCUCGUGUCUGGACCAUGAUGAACAUUACAUUCUCACAUUCCCCAAUGGUUAUGGAAGGUCUAUCCUCACAGUGCCCUGGGUGGAAUUAGGAGGAGAAUGCAGUAUCAGUUGUUCCAAAACGGGCUAUAGUGCAAAUAUCGUCUUCCACACCAAGCCUUUCUAUGGGGGCAAGAAGCACAGAAUCACUGCUGAGAUCUUUUCUCCAAAUGACAAGAAGUCUUUUUGCUCAGUUGAAGGGGAAUGGAAUGGUGUAAUGUAUGCAAAACAUGCAACUGGGGAAAAUACAGUCUUUGUAGAUACCAAGAAGUUGCCUAUAAUCAAAAAGAAAGUGAGGAAGUUGGAAGAUCAGAAUGAGUAUGAAUCCCGUAGCCUUUGGAAGGAUGUCACUUUCAACUUAAAAAUCAGAGACAUUGAUGCUGCAACUGAAGCAAAGCACAGGCUUGAAGAAAGACAAAGAGCAGAAGCCCGAGAAAGGAAGGAGAAGGAAAUUCAGUGGGAGACGAGGUUAUUUCACGAAGAUGGAGAAUGUUGGGUUUAUGAUGAACCAUUACUGAAACGUCUUGGUGCUGCCAAGCAUUAGGUUGGAAAAUACUAAGUUUACAUCGAUGACCAGGGCAGUAGGCAUAAUUCCGCAACAAACAAUCUUCCUUUGGGAGAACCUGUUCGCUCCCUUCUUAUUACAGUGGUUCCUAUCUCAGGGAUACUGGACUUUCUGACGCAGAUGAACAAUUAAAGCAGGAAAAGCUUCCCUUUUUUCCUCUGUGGCAGUUGCAAUUUGGACUUCAGUCCUGAGAAAAACUUCAGGUUUUGAAAAUAAGAUGUCUGCUCCUUUUCCAAACCCCAUGCGUUGAAAAGCAUUUAUAAAUUCAAGUCUCAAACUCUGCACUCUAGUACUGCUGUUAAGAGAUACAACUUCUCUGUUUCUUAGAUCAUUCAUAUAAUCUUGGGUUAUAUGUAUACAUACAUAAAUACACACACACACACACACAUACAUAUAUAUACACAUACAUACACACAAAUAAGCCCAGUGACAGAUUUUUCAUAAAUACCGCUUACUGUAAAUAUGUGUUCUUCUGAGUUGUUUUAGAAUAUUAGCGCAAUAUAUUAAAAUCAAGUGUUAGAAAUAUUUCAUGGUCUUACCUAUAAUAACUUUUAUUUUGUAAUUGAACUAUUAUUAAAUUGUACCUAAACCUGAAA